CAUCGUUCACCUCAGGCUUAACCUACAUAUGCAUACACUGAACAGCAAACAUGUCACCAGUCCCAGUAAAAAGUGUUCGUACUGGCUUCACCGCCGACGAGGACAUCCUCCUCAUGAAAUACCUUGCGACAUAUAAUCCUACCAAGAAAAACAGAAGCGGGCCCGUCUUGUACAAGCGCCUUGUGGAAAACGCUGACGGCAAAUGGAACUGGUCUAAGACACACCCGUGGGUAUCCUGGCAGAACAGAUACAAUAAAAAUACGGAAGAAUUCGAUAGGAAGAUAUCGAGGUAUCAGAAGAAGAAAGGAAUUGACCCAGAGAAGCCAGCGGCGGCGGAGCCUCUGUUUCCACCUUCUGAUGAAGAAGAGGAAACUGCGAGGGAGCGAUCGAAAGAGACGAGCAAAAGGAAACGACGCGCUGGCGGCCAAACCAGCUCUGAGCUGCGGAAAACAAAACGAGCGAAACUGGAGAGAGACCAGCCAGAUAUUGAGAGUAGUCGCUCGCCCGUGAUCAAGACCAAUGAGACAAGCCAAGUUCCAGCCGUUGGAUCAAGUGACCAAGUUCGCAGUUCUCCCCCUGAUCAGGGGCCAUCAGAGCCUGUACCCGACGUACCUCCACCUCCCCCGAAACCAGCGAGCACGUUCAAUAUUCCCCUGCUCCUUUCUCCCUCAGAUACUCUGCCUGUCCCGUCAUCCCAACCCAAUUCUCCUGUCAGGACCCAGCCACCAAUCUCAUCCCAGCUCCCACCAAGCUCUCAGCCUCUUGCAUCAUCUUCACAACAGGUAGUCACCCCAAAGCCGCCGUCAGGGCACAAACGAGUCUUGAAGAAUAAGUCUAUUUCUCCCAUCUUCUGCUCGUUAUCGCCAACACCCAAUGACUACACCCCUCCGAAGAAACAACAUCUCCCGAAAGUGGUGGAAGGGCCCUUUGGAACCGUGCUUACUGAUCGGCUGGGUCGUGCGCGACCAGGUGCUCGUGAUGAAAGUGAGGGGAAACAGACGAAGGCCUGGCCUCCUGUUCGGGACAAAAAGGGUAAAGAGAAAGAAAUAGUUCCAGAACCUACUGCAUUAGCCGUCAACGGUGUCGAGUCUCAGACAUUGCGACCGACUGUAGCGCCUCCGAAGCGCGAGCCAGAAUCUCAGCGACCUCCGGCUCCUCUUCCACCAGAUCGUCUGGAACCUGAACACCACCCCUUUAGUCAAAUCCCACUUCCUCCCCCCUCCUCAUCCUCCACGGAAUCGCAAUGGUGCAGAUGCAGCUGAGUCUCCUCUGAAGCAUCGCUCGACGAAUGGAGUGGGCCACGUCAUUAAGAGUUUGUGGGACAGAAAACGAGACAACGAUACAGGCCCAGCACCAUCUAUGGUCCAACCUGCAGCCGGGCCUUCAAAACUGACUACCGCUGCCGUUCCUUCGGGUCUCACGUCCUCUGUUGAAUU